UGUUUGUAAUCAUGUUCGUGUUUAAAAUUUAAGCUAAUUUAUAAAAUUAGCCAUAUCAGUGCAAUAAUUCAGGCAUCAAAGCCGUUGGCAAUAUAAAAUCAAAUUGUUUAAAUCGUCGCAUAAGCUGUGCGUUCAGCGUUUUUCGCUACAUGUCUGUGUGUGCAGUGUUGUGGGUGUGUGUCUGCGUCAAGUGUGUGUGUGCUCUCGAUUAAUGAAAACAUUUGUAGUAGGCUGUUGUGGUGGUUGUAGUAGUAGUAGUGGUGUAAGUGCAACAGUAGAAAAUAGCAAUUAAGUUUAAUUAACACACAUUCAAUUGAAUGUGCAAAGGCUGCUCCCAGACUGUGCAUUUACAACAGCUUUACAAAGCGAAAGAGCAACAAACUUUCUGUGUUUGUGUGCGUGUUUGUGUGAGAGUGUGACGAAAUGCCACCGCUUAAAACCUACUCCGCAAUACCCAUGCACCAUCUAUACAGUGUGAACAACUGCAAUAACGGCAACAAUGACAACAACACCACCGAAAACAAUGAUAACGACUACUUCAAUCUGCCUGCAGCCGCUGCGGCAGCAACACAACGCACAAACAAUCAGCCGCCCUCAUAUUGUAACGCCCAAUAUCCGUUCAAGGUGUUGGCCAAUUUAAAUCAACUGCGAGAACAAUCGCGCUUCUGCGAUGUGGAAAUAGUAGCUGGGGGCGCCACUUAUAAUGCACAUCGCGCCGUAUUGAGUGCGGCCAGCGCCUACUUUGAGGCCAUGUUUCGACCCGAAUUGGGGUUGAAUGAAGUCAAACAAAAGUCUGUUGUGUUGCACACAAUCGAUGGGGAUAUAUUGAAAAUACUGCUGGACUUUAUAUACACAGGACGCUGCAGGAUUGGGCAGUCCAAUGUGCAGGAGCUGCUGGCCGCUGCGGAUAUGUUGCAAUUGAACGAGGUCGUUGACGGCUGUUGCGAGUUUCUUUGUCGUGAGCUGCAUGCCACAAAUGCUUUGGGCAUUUUACGCUUUGCGGAAGCGCACAAUUGCGAAUCGCUUGCCAAGAGUGCUAUGAACUUUGUGCAAGCCAACUUUCCAGCGAUUACCCUGGAGGAUGAGUUUCUUGAAACACCGCAAGCUUUACUCUCGCAGCUGCUUAACUCAGAGCUGCUGCGCGUCGACUCCGAGUCACAGGUGUUCCAAGCAGCGCUGCGUUGGAUUAAGCACGAUGUGACGCAGCGUCGCUGCUAUGUCUUUGAUAUACUCUCGCAUGUGCGCAUGGCCUUGGUGCCUGUAAAGGUCAUUGACAAGGCGCUUAAGGAUGAUUGUCGUGACAUGUCCGUAAAGAUAGCGUUGCGGUCCAUUUGCCGUGACAUUGCCUCAAAGCGCGGUCAGCUGGUGCCACUGCGCGUCUGUCCACGUCAACUGGCCAAGAAGAAUAUCUACAUUAUAGGCGGCUCGCACAGAGACACACCACGCACCUGGAACUCGGCGGACUGCACAUUCGAGACCGUGGCCAAGUUUGACAUUUUCCGACGUGAAUGGACUGAGACAGCACCAAUGGAAGUGGGCCGCAUAUUGCCAGGCGUAUCAGCGCUAAAUGGCAAAAUCUAUGUGGUAGGCGGCGAGCGUGGCUCUCAAAUCCUAGCCAAUGGCGAGGUAUAUGAUCCACAGAACGAUAUUUGGCAGCCCAUAUCGCCAAUGAUAGUGCCGCGUUGCGAGUUUGGCUUAUGUACAAUGGGUGGCAAUCUGUUCGCAGUGGGUGGCUGGAUAGGAGAUGACAUUGGCGGCACUAUGGAGUCCUAUGAUCCAGAGAAGGAUAUGUGGAAGCUUAUAGGACACAUGCCGCAGCCACGUUUCAGCAUGGGCGUGGUAAGCUUUGAGGGAUUAAUCUAUAUAGUGGGUGGCUGCACCACAACCACACGACAUUUGCCGGAUUUAAUAAGCUAUAAUCCUGUUACCAAAGAGUGGACGAAUUUGGCGCGCAUGCAAACAGCACGUUGCCAAAUGGGUGUGGCUGUGCUGGAUCGUUAUUUAUAUGUGGUGGGCGGCAGCAGCAUUAGUCAGGAUGUCUUGAACUCAGUGGAGCGCUAUAGUUUUGAUGAGGAUAAAUGGUCACCAGUCUGUAAUCUUAAUGUGCCGCGUGCCAUUCCAGCAGUUGCCGCUGCGGACGGCUUGCUGUAUGUCGCUGGUGGAGAUCAGCCUUGUGAAGUGAACUUUUAUCGUGCCCAGGUCACUAUUAGCGCCGUGGAGUGCUAUGAUCCACUUUCGGAUACCUGGAAAAACUGUCCCGACCUGCCUGUGAGUCGCUCCGAGGCAGGCGCUGUCGUUGUUUAAAGCCGAGCUACUCUACUUGACGUCCAGAAACUUUCUCAAACCUAACAUUAAGUAAACACAAACACACACACACUCACCUAAAAACGAGAUAUCUUUAACUAUAUAUGGCAUUGUAUACGUUAGAUAACUGGCAUAUACACAUCACACUACGUAGUGCUAUCAAAAGCGUAGCUUUGCGCUUCUCUUACGGCUAACUUUGUUCCGAUUCGUAGCGCAGCUAAUCACCCAGUUUAUAGUCUUAUGUAUAACUAGUAGUUAGCCAGAGCAACUAAUCAACAGCAACGAUAUUCUGGCCCUUGAUUCUAUCAUGAAACUCUCUCCAAUUCCGAAAGUGCACUCAGCACAUAGCAAAAAGCAAAGCAUGUAUUAUCAUAAUUGCUGAAAAAUGUUUGUCUUGAGAGAAAUUUAUGUUUAUGUUAAUCGAUUUGCAUUACAAUAUAUAUAUAUAUAUAUAACAUUGUGAACAAGCAUCGCUAUGUACGCAUUACCCUGCAACUAUGAAUUGAUGAUGAUGAAUAAACCUUAACACAUGUACCAAAACAAACAUUCAAAUUCCAUCAAAACAAACAAAUUGUAUUAAUAAUAGGUGUGUAUUUACGUAAAAUAUAAUUGUAUGAACUAAUAAAAACAA